CGCCGACAACUGGCCAACAAACAGUCGUCACCACUGUUGCCGACAAUGAUUUGGUCGCAACAAUCGGWCGGYCAAAUGUCUAACCAUCGAAAUAAUGCCAAUUAUUAUAAUACURAUAAUAAGCCAYCGAUURAAUGGUUGAGUCGGAGGAGGGCUCACAUGUUUGACAUCAAUAUUGAAUACUUAGGAAACAAUUACAAAAAUAAUGUAAUUGUUUUGUUUGGUCAACGAUAUUACGAUAACCAGCAAUUGAAACUUAUCGGAACUGGAGUCAUGUUUGGCCGUUUGGCCGUUACUAAUGCUCAUGUAGUGCAAGGCUAUCAACACAUUGAAGGCUUUACAAGCUUCUCAGCGCCGACCAUACAGUUAGUUGAACAGUCGGCCGUCGAAAUGUCUAAUAGAUCUAUGGUCCGAGUUUUAUAUGUUGAACGGCAUCUGGAUCUGGCAAUCAUACAACUAUAUGAAUUGGACUAUACUAGAUUCCAGUUGCAGUUGCCAUUCAAACUGGCCAAUCGUCCACUGGAAUUGGGCGAAUCGGUAGCCAUUAUGGGUCACGGUGAUUAUCAGGGGUGGUUAAUCAGUGUCGGCUACAUAACUGCAUAUACACCAAUUGAUACUAUAAGUGCGACAAAUUAUGAACCGUUAAGCGAUAUUUUAGACAAACGGGAACUGUUUGUCGUACAUAAAUCCCGUACUAUUCCCGGACAUUCGGGUUCACCUAUAGUUGAUGUCAACUAUAAUAUUAUUGGCAUUCAUUUUGGUGGAGUAUUAUCCAAUGAUUACCCUAAAGUUGGCACUUAUUAUCAAAGUUUAAUACAUUUUUUGAACAGAGGUUACCUAUAUUAUAGCCAACAUGUCCGGCAAAACCGUUUGCGACAACUGUAUGAAUCGGACAGACCGGCCGAUCGGCGACUAUUGGGUUUUGUUUUGCAAUCAGAAAUCGGCGGACUAUUUACUGUCAAAUCAGUGCUACCAAAUCCAGCAGAAAAUGCACAUGCAUAUGUCGGCGCCCGUAUUGAACACGUUUCGGGACAGUUGUUCAGAAAUAUCGAUCAAUUGACUGAAGCACUCAAUCAUAGUCUAACUGUCCAAUUGGUGUUACGGUUCGAUAGAGAAGAAGAAAGAGAAGAAGAAGAAGGAGAUGCCGGACACUCAGGUCAAAGGCCACGUAAAGGUAGUAUGAAUCACAUUGAAUUGACAGCACCCGACCCUCAAACAGCACCAACAUUAGUUGAUAGGGUUAUACCGUUUGUUUUUUAAUUAAAAAAAUAAAUAG